CCCACACCAUUUUUGCUUAGUUCAUAGUUAAGUUCCUAAUACUUGUUACAGAGAAGGAAAGUAAUAAUAGAGAGAGAAACGGUGGAGGCUUUCCUCUUUUUCUCCGUCUGUCCGUAUCUUUUCUUUCACAUUUUUCUAGCUUUUCUUUUUUCUUCUGCUACUUCUUUUUUCCAGGUCUUUCCGCAGUUCUUGAAGCACUUUGUCAUUGCUACUGGUCAGCUAAUUUUGCAGCCAAUUCUGCUUCUACCAUUAGCCGGCUUCUCUUUUAAGGCCCUUGCUUUUCUCUAUUGGAAAGUGAGUUUAUUAUUGAUGUUGUGGUGGAAGAGACAAUUGAGAUAAAGAUCAAUGGGAAUGAAGAGAUCUGGUGACGAGUACUUGAAUUUGGAGAUCUAUGCGAAGGUCUUUGUCGGGUUUGUUUUGAUCUGCGCAGCAACAAUUUCGCUUGGAGAUACUAAUCCCGCUGAUGUUGCUGCAAUUAAUAGCUUAUACGCUUCACUGGGAUCUCCUUUACUGCCCGGGUGGGUUGCUUCUGGGGGAGACCCAUGUGGUGAAGGUUGGCAAGGUGUUGGCUGUCAGGCUUCAGAUAUAAUGUCCAUAGUUCUUAAUGGUGCUAAUUUGGGAGGAGAGCUUGGCAAUGACUUGAGCAAGUUCGCUUCUAUCAGAUCAAUAGACUUGAGCAACAACCGUAUUGGGGGUAGUAUUCCGUCCAAUCUGCCAGUUACAAUACAAAACCUUUUUCUUUCAGCAAAUAAUUUCACUGGAAGCAUUCCGGAUUCACUGUCCUCUUUGACUUUGUUGACAGCCAUGUCUUUGAACAACAAUUUCUUAAGUGGAGAGAUACCAGAUUCCUUUCAGUCCCUGACCGGGUUGAUCAAUCUAGACUUAUCCAGUAACAAUUUGAGCGGGCAACUGCCUCCUUCUUUUAAAAGUUUGAUUCGUCUUACAACUUUACGUUUGCAGCAAAAUCAACUGUCUGGGACCCUUGAUGUUCUGCAAGAUCUUCCCCUGAAAGAUUUGAAUAUAGAGAAUAACCAGUUCAACGGACCCAUACCUGAUAAGAUGCUGGCCAUCCCAAAUUUCAGAAAAGAUGGUAACCCAUUCAAUGCUACCAAUGCACCACUACCUGCGCCAACAUCUCCAUUGACACCGCCACCAGUUUCAGUGCUUCCUGGCUCGCCAUCUACACCUUCAUCUGGUGGCUCGCCCUCUACAACUUCAUCUGGGAAAACACCUGGCAAACAGGUUGACGGGCCGACUUCAUCUCAGGAAUCAAGUUCUGGAGGAAAAAAAUUUCUAACUAGUAAAAGAGUAGUUUGGAUAUCAAUUGCUGGUGUAUUGUUGUUUGUAAUUUUGGCAUUAGGCCUAGUGCUUUUCAUGCCAAGGUGUAGCAGAAGAAGGAAGGAGGCUGGCAGAAUUUUCAAGCAGCAUCAGGUUGGUGUAUGGAAAGGCAACAGAGAGAAUCCAAGGGACAACCGCUCCUUGGUCCCGUCAACUAAUGAAACAGAAAACGUUCCAAAGGAGGCUAUGGUACAGCCAAAGGAGGAUCAUCCAAAGCCAACCAUUGUGCAUGAGAGAGUUGUGCCUCGACUACCAAAGCGGGAUGAUUAUGCGAUAGAUAUAAGCAGAACUAUAAGCAGAGAAGAUUCAUUUUUCAUGGACCCUCCUCCCCCCCCUCCACCACCACCACCGCCACCACCUCCUCCUCCUCCUCCUCCUCCUCCUCCUCCUCCACCACCUCCUCCACCACCACCACCACCUCCUCCUCAACCGCCUUUGGGAGAGGUUACUGUUACUCCGAUUCUGCCUGUAGAAGUAAAUGCAGUGAAGCCUCCCACUAAAGCUCAGAACCCUCUCAUUUCUGCCAGGUCUUUCACCAUUGCAUCCCUUCAGCAAUACACAAACAGCUUUUCUCAAGAAAAUCUUAUAGGAGGAGGCAUGCUGGGCAAUGUUUAUAGGGCAGAACUUCCUGAUGGGAAGCUUCUCGCAGUCAAGAAACUGGACAAGAGGGCUUCAACCCAAAAGGAUGAUGAGUUUAUUGAACUGGUAAACAAUGUUGAUCGGAUCCGACAUGCUAAUGUUGUUGAGCUUAUGGGUUACUGCGCAGAGCAUGGUCAAAGGCUUCUAAUCUAUGAGUAUUGCAGUAACGGUACACUGCAAGAUUUGCUACAUUCAGAUGAUGAGUUGAAGAGAAAUCUAUCAUGGAACACCCGUAUCCGGAUGGCACUUGGAGCUGCCAGAGCCUUAGAGUAUUUGCAUGAGAUUUGUCGGCCACCUGUUGUACACAGAAAUUUCAAGUCUGCCAACAUUCUCCUUGAUGAUGAUCUUUCUGUCCAUGUAUCAGAUUGUGGUUUGGCUCCACUAAUAUCAUCAGGUGCUGUUAGUCAGUUGUCAGGGCAUCUGCUAACGGCUUAUGGCUAUGGGGCUCCAGAAUUUGAGAAUGGAAUUUAUACUGCCCAGAGUGACGUUUACAGCUUUGGAGUAGUUAUGUUAGAGCUCUUAACAGGUCGAAAGUCCCAUGACAGGACACGAAAUCGAGGAGAGCAAUUUUUGGUGAGAUGGGCAGUGCCCCAGCUUCAUGACAUUGAUGCAUUGUCCAGGAUGGUUGAUCCUUCUCUCCAUGGACAAUAUCCAGCCAAAUCAUUAUCACACUUUGCCGAUAUUAUUUCUCGGUGUCUUCAGACUGAGCCAGAGUUCAGGCCUCUCAUGUCUGAGGUUGUUCAGGAUCUGACAGACAUGAUAAGGAGAGAGCGUCCCAGCAACGAAUCAAUUGGGGACUGACAUAAAUUAUGAACAUAGGGCUCGUAAUCUAAGUUUGUGAAUGCAAAGGUGCGGAUAUUGAUAUACGCCACAACUCAACACAAAAUGAUGCCUUUGCCCCUACUGUAAACAAAGACCUCAUACUAACACAUUCAAUUGCUCAAAUCCUUCAAGGAAAUCAGCUACUAUCAUAUGCUGACAAGCAAAAUGGGCUACCAAAAUGAUGUGCUGAGGACUCCAAUCCGAACAAUUCGAUACUUGUGGUCAAUUUAUUUGGUGAUUCUAUCGUUGAUUAAAUUAUGCAAAGUCUUUGUAACUGCACAAAAUUAACUAACCCGAUUGUUUUGCAUUGUUAUUUGUUGCUAAUUCUUGAUAAUGAAAUUUUGUCUGUAAUUUACUGUAUACAUUAGUGACACUUCUGUUAAUCUGUUUGACAAGGA